AUGUGGAUAGUUCGUUAUAUUAUCUUUACGGGGAUCGCAUGUUACUUAGUAGCAGCUCAGGAAUAUUUACCGCCAAAAAUCAAUGGAGGUGGUGGAGGUGGUAAAAAACCCAUCUCAGAGCCAACGCUACCAAUAAACUACGAGUAUACCUACGAUGUGCAAGAUAAUGCGAUUUCCCUUGAUUUCGGUCACACGGAAAAGAGGAAAGAUGACAGAGCUUCAGGAUCCUACCACGUUCUUCUGCCGGAUGGAAGAACCCAACUCGUUGAGUACGAAGCUGGUCCGGAAGGAUAUAGGCCACAGGUUAUGUACAUGGGAACCGCUACCUAUCCAACUCAGUCAGGUGGCGGUGGAGACAAGUUUGAAGGUUACCAUUAUAAUGCUGCUUCAAAUAGGCAAACCGUAAGACAAUCUACUCGCGGUGGUACUCGUCCGCCCACAGCUGCCCCCGCGCCCGCUCCAGCUCCGCCUGUCCUUUACGCCCCAGCUGAAAAUACCACAGAGUAA